AUGGGAAACUUUAUGCGUGACAUUGUGAUUUGUGUACUGCUACUGCUUUCAGUCAGUAUUAUAUUUGGAACCAGUGAAGUCAUCAAAUCACUAACAAAUAAUGGAGAGGAAUUUCCCAAGAUAUCUGUAUACAAUUCGAUUGUUCAAUUAUGCUUAAAUUUAUUGGGAUAUGCCACUGUACUGUUGCCUGGUUACCUCAUAUAUAAAUAUGUGCGUUAUACAAAAUAUAUUCAAAAGGGUGGAAAAGGCUGUAUUCCCAGAUUGGUACAUUCAUGCUUUAUGGGACAUUGCGAAACUGGUCUCUUGGAUUCACCUCCAUAUACGCCCAAUACUUCUGCUCAUACUCAACGUACUUUUACACAAGAUGCCUUACUCUUGAUAUAUUGCUUCUUUGGAUUGCAAGUUAGUUACCUGUCAUGGGGCUAUUUACAGGAAAAGAUAAUGACACAGGAAUAUGAGGACGUUUCUGGCAAUAAGGCACUGUUUCAAGAUUCACAAUUUCUGGUAUUUGUUAAUCGCAUUCUCGCCUUCCUAAUGUCGGGAAUAUAUUUACUCAUUAAGCAUCAGCCACAGCAUAAAACGCCACUCUAUAAGUAUGCAUUUUGUUCUCUGUCAAAUAUCAUGAGCAGCUGGUGCCAAUACGAAGCCUUAAAAUACGUUAGUUUCCCGACACAGGUUUUAGCUAAAGCCUCAAAAAUUAUUCCAGUUAUGAUAAUGGGUAAAAUAGUCUCGCGCACAUCCUAUGAGUAUUAUGAAUACGUCAUCGCGGCUCUUAUUUCCAUCGGAAUGACCCUGUUUAUGUUGGACAGUUCCGAUUAUAAAAACGAUGGAGCUACUACGCUCACCGGUGUUAUCUUGUUGGGAGGUUACUUAGUGUUAGAUAGCUUCACGAGUACCUGGCAAAAUGCGCUUUUUGUGGAAUACGGCGCGACAAGUGUGCAAAUGAUGUGCGCGGUCAAUAUGUUCUCCUGCCUGUUGACUGCAAUGUCUCUGUUUCAACAAUCAAGCUUUCCGCAGAUAUUCUCCUUUAUGUUAACGUAUCCUAGAUUCAUAGUCGAUUGCUUGCUGAUUUCGAUUUGCUCGGCAAGCGGCCAGUUGUACAUCUUUUACACCAUUUCUAAAUUUGGACCGGUCACGUUUGUCAUUAUAAUGACCAUUCGCCAGGGCUUGGCAAUAUUAUUAUCCUGCUUGAUCUAUCAUCAUCAAAUCACCGUUAUCGGUGUGUUUGGAGUAUUAUUAGUAUUCGGCUCCGUGUUCUUACGAAUUUACUGCACAAAUCGACUACAUGCAAUCAGAAGACGUAGAGCCGCGGCGAAUAGUAUAAAACAUUAAGGGUCGCUCCACUUAGGCGAAAUUGCUGUUGUAAUUGUCAUAGAAGUAGAAUUCUAUCGUUCGUGCGUCAUAAUCGCACCAUUAGAAUAGGAUUGUAAUGUCAUUGUAAUUAGACAUAUUGUCAUUACAAACAUUAAGAUCGAGCUCCAUCUCGUAUCUAUAAUUAACUGUCAUAAUCUGACUUUGCAUACAAUAUAUCGCGAUUGCAUUUCUAAUAGUUUCGAAAGAUUGAUCGUAUCGGAGAGAUAAUUGUUGAAAGAGAUAUAUAACUAUAAUAUACGCCGUGUGUGUGCUCAUAAUGUAUUUUGAGAGUAUCAAGUUACUCUUGUGACGAGUAUGCGUGUAAUUUUAAGAGAAAAAGUCGCAUUAUGCGUGUUUCAUUGACAGAGUGUGCUAUGCCAUUGUAUUAUUUAUUUGAAAAAUAUUUAUUUUGAUAUAAAUGCGUAUACAAACAAACGUGCGCGCAUAUUUUCUUCACCAAAGGCAAGUAACACAACACAGGGGCAUAUGCAGUAGCGCAUAUUGUUAGCCUCUUUCCUGGGGAUCCUUACAGGUUUCAGCUACUCAAAUAUAAAGAUACAUGUAAGUGGCAAUGUUGACAAUGUAGAUCAGACAAGUUACACGAGAUACUAACAUAAGAUGGAAUAAUGAUCCUUCCAUUUUUUUAUUCUUCCAUAGACGAAAUAAGGCUACUGGGUGGUAGAUUACUCUUAAGAACGUUGUCCUACUAGAGACAUUUUACAUUUAUAAAAUUUAGAUCACAAAAUAUCUAUCAUUCAUCUAAUUCAGUCUAUGGAAUGUGGAUGGUAUAUGUACAGUGCUUUUUGGAUGUUCAAAAUAUAUGAGAUAUUUAUA